UUUUUUCAAACCGGUAUUUUUGUUAUUUUUCUGCGAUGGAAAAAGAAAAACGCGUAAAAUUAGAACUGAGACCCACAACUUACGAUACUUCGAAUGAAAAAUUAAUAGAUAAUGGUCCAAAGAAACGUAAUUAUUAUAAGAUAAUUAUAUAUACUAUAAGUUCUUUUCAAAAUAUUUUAAUAAGCCGAAUAUAUUACAAUUUAGGACAAUAUGCUUCUACAUCGUCAAAUUUUACUUUUUCAGAAGAACACAAUAAGAAAUUUGGAUAUGGGCCGCCGUUUCUUUUCGCCCUUCCCGAGCCCAUUAAAAGCCCUUGGAAACGUUUAAAUUCUCCAAAUUUCAGAAAGAAUGUACGACCAAUAUCUGGAAACGCAAUAAAGCGAGUAGAAGGAAAGAGAAAAUACAAUCCACCUUUUACAAGUGAAGAUACUCAUUUCAAUUUUCCUGAAGAAGGUAUAAAUAUGACAGAAAAUAGUGAUAUUAAGGUAGGGUUAUUAUUAUGGUUACAUUAAUCAUUUUAACGAAAAACUAUAAUAAUAAUAUUUCAAUGCCAUAUUAGAAGCCAAAGUCAGAAGGUUGUGAUCUUGUGCGCCUCAUAAAUCAGUAAGAAAUUGUCAAAUUGUGGCCUAAUAAAUUUGACAUUUUACUUAUCUGUUCGUUUAUAAUUCAGCGUCCUUGAUAUGGCACCAAAAAUCUUUAUCAUAGCAUUCUCAUAUUACGUAUUUCGAUUUUUUUGGGCAAUUCAACAAGCAAUAGAAAUUAAAGUGGACGAAUAUUCGCAAGGUAAAAAAAUUCAAUGUAAAGUGUCAAUCUAGUAAUUUUAUUAUUAAUAUUUAAUUCAAAUCGAAAGAAAUGCA